UAAGCAAGUUACACUAUUGAUAAGCAUGUUACAAAAUUUAAUGUAUAUUGUUACAUCAACAAUAGGUUCCACCAUAAGUACAGCACUUGUACUUUUACCAGUACUUUUACCAGUAAUGUAAACAGAGGCUCACCUCGUCCGAAUAUUAAAUCCUUCAGUGAUGGCUGUUCAUACUGUUGUAAGAAGUGUCCUUUCUGGAUUGAGAAGGGUACAUUUCCCUCAGAAACCAACUGCAUGUGGAAAAGAUUCCCUGACAAUGUAUGCACAUGUUACUCAAGACUGUACCUUGGCUCCCUCCUUGUACAAUAACGUUUUAUCAACAUGUUCAAAAAUUGUAAAUUACCAGCAUUUGUAUUCACCACAUAAAGUAAAUCUCUUGUGGAUGCCAGUGAAGAAUACAAUAUAUAUGCAGGUCAAAGGAAGUUACAAGGAAAUUGGCUCAAAAAUAUUUUAUAAUUUAAGGAGUUCUUGCAGAAAUACAAGGAAAGGAACAUACAAUAAAAUUGUUAAUGUUCUUCAGAGGAUUUCUAGGUUUAAAGGUUGGGUAUGUCAAAGAACAAGAUUAAAGCAAAUAAGUUUGGGAUCUAUGUUCUUUGUUUCACCUCAAUUAUUCAGUAAGCGAAAGGAAGAGAAAAUCAUCGCUGUUGAGCUUCCCAAAGAGAGAAAGAGGAAGAAAAGAGGAAAGUUGUUUGAGCUGCUGCUAAGUAUGUACGAGAUUCUGCACAUUUGUCUUCGAGCACUUCGCCUUGUCCUUACAUUUGCUCCAAUUCUAGCCCUCUACCCAGUUACAUAUUUUGGAAAGACUGCUACUGAUGUCUGGUGGAGACUAAUGUUAAGAGCCAUAGAACUGUCAGGUCCUAUCCUAAUCAAGCUUGGUCAAUGGGCAUCUACUCGGCGGGACCUUUUUCCUGACUCGUGUUGUUCCCAAUUUUCUCGCCUUCAGAGACGGGUCAAACCACAUUCAUGGAAACACACAGUGAAUCAAAUGAGAAGAGCUUUUGGUCCAAACUGGAGAAAGAUUUUUAUAAAAUUUGAUAAUGAUUGUAAACCAAUUGGAUCUGGUUGUGCUGCACAGGUCUAUAAGGUAUGGAUGUCCUCAGAAGCUAUUCCUGACCAUGAGAUUCUGGAGGAAAUUCUUGCAGAAAUGGAUGAUGAUAGCCCCAGCAUAGAUGAAGGACUUGAAGUUAUGGGAUUUGGAAGACUCUUCAGUUCGGAAAAAGUUUUGGAAUUGGAACAGGCUGUUGCCUUGAGGGAGUGGCGAGAGCUUCGGGACCUGAAGAGGAACCAAGAAAGAGAGGAGAGAGAGAAGGAAGAGCAGUUGGCUCAGCAGUUUUAUGCUGGAGGUGAAAGACAACAUGAGGGAGAAACAGAGGUGAAUAAAGAAGUUAGUGUGUUGUCUAUAGUAGAAGAUUUAGCAAGUGAUGUAUUAAACAGCGAAGAACAAACACCUGAGCCUAAAGUGUUGAAUGAUGGGAAGAGCAUGGAGCCAGCUGAGACGACUUACUCCCUGGUAGAGGAGUGGCAAGAAAGUGGUCUUGACAAGUCUUUGCCAGUGGAGGAAGCCCCUCCAGAUGACUUGGAUGGGCUGGUGCCAGUAGCCAUUAAAGUUCUUCACCCAGGUGUACAGGAAGCCUGCAGGAGAGACCUGUGGCUAAUGAAGACUUGUGCCUGGUUUAUCACAUUAAUCUUUCCACCUAUCAAGUGGCUCUCCCUUCCUCAAUGUGUAGAUGAGUUUGCUGAAGUUAUGGAAGCGCAGAUCAACCUAUCGAUAGAAGCUGAGAAUUUGGAAAAAUUUUCAGAAAACUUUGCUGGAGUUCCCUUCAUUAAAUUUCCCAGACCAUUAAGGCCAUAUGUGACCAGAAAGGUAUUGGUGGAAACAUAUGAGGAUGGGGAGCCAAUGAUUAACAUUAUUAGGUCCACUGAAGAAGAAACAUCAGAAGAAUUAAAGAAGCGAUUGGCUGAGAUUGGUGUUGAUGCGCUAUUGAAAAUGGUAUUUGUAGACAACCUAGUUCAUGGAGAUUUGCAUCCUGGCAAUAUGCUUGUGCAGCACAAUGAUACGGGUCAAGAAGGUGCAAACUUAAAUACUGGGGACACCAUGCGCAUCAUAAUGGUGGAUGUUGGGUGUGACACUUUUGUCAUGGAUGUUCAACCGGAUCCAAAUCCUCUGCGCAUCUGCCUCUUGGACUGUGGUAUUGUGUCAAAACUCAGUGAACAAAAUCUAGCCAACAUAAAGGCUGUAUUUAAGCAAGUUGUACUUGGAGAUGGUGAAUCAGUAGCAGACCUCUUCUUGAAUAAUAGUGAACAUCAGUGUCAUGAUCCAGAUGCUUUCAAGACAGAAAUAACAGAACUUGUGCAGACUGCCAGAGAAAACACUAUUUCUCUGGGGCAGGUGGAUGUGGGAAUGCUUCUGCAGCAGGUCCUGAGCAUUCUUUUGCGGCACCGUGUGCGCCUGGAAUCGGCAUUCAGUGCAGUUGUCCUGGCAAUAUUCGUCUUGGAAGGUCUUGGAAGAACACUGGAUCCAAACAUGGAUAUAUUAGAAAGAGCAAGACCAAUAUUAGUAACAGGAGAGGUUUAUCGCUGAUCUCCUUCUCACGUGAUAAUCAUGCAGGGAAAUAAUGUCAUUGGAAUGAGACAUUUUUUAAAGUAUAAUUAAUAUUUGUGGAAUGAUUGACCAUUUAGCAGGUUAUAUAACCAAAAUUAGUGGUGUAGUGUAGCAGGUUUGGUGAGGAAGACCGAGCAGGGGCAAGGUGUGGUGAGGAAGACCAAGCAGGGCAGAUGUGGUGAGGAAGACCAAGCAGGGCAGGUGUGGUGAGGAAGACCAAGCAGGGCAGGUGUGGUGAGGAAGCCCAAUCAC